ACAAUGAGAACACAAACAAGAGGAGAAGCAUGUGGACCAAAGAAGGGGACAAGAAAAGAGCAAACCUGCAUUGCCCAGAAAAUCCCUCCAACUCAUCAUCUUCGGCCCACUGGUUAGAGACUGAGAGAAGCCUUGAAAGUGAUGUCCAAUCAGAAGCAGCUGAAGUAGUAAGGAGGUCAUUAAUGGAGGGACACUGAGAGUGUAUUGGAUAUUGAAUUUCUGACUCCAGCUUCCACAUACAAACUCUCUCUCUGUGCUGCAAGCGAAUACAUUUGUUUGCAUAAACAAAAGCUGGAAACAUUUCAGCCUUCUUCAGCCCUGCUGACGUCAGCUGAUGUCACCGCUGGAUUCCACCCCACUCAGCUCUGCAGGAGGCUGAGGCGACCUGCAGAGGAGCAUGGGCAGGAGGGUGGCUGACCCAACCAAUCCAGUGCCUGCGCUGGGUGUUCCCCUGGCAGGGGGACGAUGGGGCCCGCUGUGCAGUGUCGGGGUGCAAACAUCUCCCGGACUGCGGACUCUUCCCUCCCUCAAACUACACGGAAGUCAACCAGUCAACAUGCAUCGGCCAGCCGCUAUGGCAACAGACAAAACAACAACUGCGGAGAAGGCCGGAGUGACCGGGAGUGACAGCAGCAGUCUGCCAGUGUCCAAGGAGACGUCUCAGAACGAAAUCAACAGCCUUACGCAGGACGACAUGGGGUCGCAGGGGUCGGGCAGCGGGAUUUAUUGCCAGAUCAAAACUAUACAGACAAACCCAAAGGAGAUACGGGUGAAAAGGACAGCUCGGUAUACAAAUGGUAGUGUGGUAGCCUCUGAUGCACUGGGAGGGGUUUGCUCUGAGGCAACUGAAGGUAAAGAACUGCCUCAAGAGAGGAGAAGAGUGCAGUCUUUACGUGGGGAAGGCCAUCGCAUGGUUGUGAAGACAGGGAGUGUUUGUACAACCAUGCACGCCACUCCACCACGGCCCUGUCGAAUGAUGGCCACUUCCCCACAGAGCCUCUGUGGCACAUGUGGGAGGAGACGAUCACAGAUUACACCAUGCACGGGAGCAUGUCGAAGGAAGGCUGUCAGUCAAAUAUCAGCAAGCCAGACUUUACCUAAUCCACCACGGAAGCCAUCUGUGGCUCACAACCAGUCAAGAAAAGAAACUUCUCUGGACUCUAAGCCUCACGUAAAGAGCAUGGACACAGCAAACACCUCAACGCACACAUCAGUAAAGACUAGUCAAAUACCACAGCUUUCACAUACUAUACCAAAAACCCACAGCUCACAUUCCAACAGCACAGCACAUGCCAAGAACAAGGGCAAAGAUUCAAAGCCUCAGGCAAGGCCACAUUCUGCAGACUUCAUGCAUUAUAGGGACUCAGCCACUCAAACAGCAGAGACACACUUGCACAACAGCACUGACAAGACCCCAGCUACUGCACUCACACAACGAGCACUCACACCAUCUGCAGAAGUGCCAGAACCACAUCCAACUGACUCACAUAAGCACGAAUUGGCUAAAACGCAGCACAGUGAUGAACACACACACCAAUUCACAUCAGUCCAUAUCACUUCUAAACCUCCUUCCCUUCACAGUGACUCAAAGUCUUUGAACACCCUGACACUCCCGCAAAAAAACUCUCCCAAGCUCACUUUUUCCAAACCAUCCACUCCUGUAGCGCAAACCAAAAACACCCCGCAGAAGGCAAAUACCCCCCAAGAAACAUCCUCCGAACGGACCAAACUCAAGGGCUACACCAAACAGAAGAGCAAAUCAUUCGAUGACCACACUCUGCCUUGUAAGACUCAUCUGAAAGCACACUGUAACGGGGCUCCCGGAGGAUUGCUGACUGGACGUGGAGUGAACGCACCGCUGGAGAGACAGUUGCAGAGUGUGGAGGAGAACCUGGUGUCCAACCAGGAGAAGAUCAAGGUGCUUCUCAACGUCAUUCAGGACCUGGAGAAGAGCAAGGCACUCAGCGAAGGUCGCAGCUCAUACAGAACUGGUCAGGACAUAAACAACUGCCCCACCUGCCAAAAGACAGCCUGCAUCAUCUACAGUGUGGAGCAUGAUUUCCGACAGCAGGAGGGACGCUUCCAGGGGGUAAUAGAAGCCCUGGAGGGAGAGUAUGAUGUGCCUGCACCCACCCUGCCCAAACCAUCGUCGGUCUCUUCCGUCGUGAGCCGCCCCAGCGCCAAGGCUCGAGUCAAGAAACUCAGAAAGAAGUGUUUCUGGUGGCUGUGAACUUUAAAGAACCACAACAAGGGCACUUUUCCCAGAGCAAACCAUCAGAAGCCAUGAAAAAUAUCCAACAGGGGACCAGUUAAAGACAGAGUAAAUGCAUAAUGGGGACCAAAAAGCUGCUAAACUUUCCCUCCCAGAUCCAUCAGAGCAAGAUCACUCGCUUCAUGGGCUGAUUAACUUUAACUUUAAGUGAGGACACUGUUUUCUCAAAACUAUUCUGUGGAACUGGCACCUUGGAUGACACACGGGCAUACUGUUCGUCACUCGGUGUGGUGGCUGUGGAGACGGAUGGACGGUUGUAUGAACGGAUUUAAGCCAAGAUUGAUUCCACACCUACAGCUGUGAACAAAUCUUUACAAUAACUUUGGCUGCAUUACAGCAAUAAGGCAGAGGAGCCGGAACAAUUCUGGAAUGAAACGACUAAUAGGAAUUCCGUGGCUUUGGAGAGCAGAGCAGCCAAAAAAUUAAAUGUAGCAACAACCGAAGAGCCGAGUGGAUACGCAUUAAACAAGCGGAUGAGCUCUCUGGAAACAAAGAGACAGCUGGCUGGAUGGGUAUCAGGGUUUUGGAGCGCAGCGUGCUGAUUGUAUUAAGAAUACAUUAAGAGACAAUGUGAUGGGCAGCUGAUCACAGACUGACAAGCCCUGUCAGAUUAUAAAAAAUUCUGUCAAUGCUGUCUGACAGAGUGAUUGAUUCUGUCCUAUAUUACCAUCCAAAAUGGAGUGUUUUUUUGUUUUAAUGUACGCUCACUUAUACACACACACACACGCACUUGCAUCCAAAUAAAUGCAUUAAGGGGCAUUUAAAACACAUGCAGUAUGCAUUCAGAGAAAUUUAAAUAGUUGUGCAAACACACAUACCUGCACACCAGGGGGAGACCAGUGUCAAUUCACAUUGUUGGUCAUUAAUCACAUUUUAAAGAUGUAUCAGUGUUAUUGAAAUAUGAGUUGAUUAGAUACUGAUACAUUAUGAAUAAUUUACACAGUACGUACAUCUUUGUGUUUGAAGUUUCUCUGAAGUUCACGUGCAAGAGUUAUGCAGAAGUGGAGAGCUGACAAAACAUUUUUCUGACUGCCAAAAAUUCCCAGCAUAAUAAUCUUUGGAAAAACUCCAAAUCACAACCAGCGCUUUAAUCACAUGACAUGUAAGAGAUAAUCAUUCCCUUAUCAACUUGCUGCAUCAUUUGUUCUGUAGCAUUCAGGCAACACUUCUGCCAGCUCAUUAAUCUAAGUCGCACUAAAACUGACCCUGCAGGUCUGUGAAUCAAAUGUACAUGUAUAUUAAAGAAUCUGUAUACUCUAUCAUACAGGGAACAUUAUUACAUUUAAAAGUACCAAAAUCAUAUCUUUGUAAUACCGAAACAACCACAAAGAGGAUUAUGACAUUCUACAACAAGCUGUUCUGUCAGGCAAACCUGUUAUUCAGACUUACAAGUCUGCAAAAACAGCUGUAUGGGUCCAUCCCUGUUACAAAAACACAGCCACACUCUCACUUUGCACACACACAUACACAACCAUUUGCACACUGCUUAGUUUACAAUAGUUUGAGCAUAACCACUAAUCUUACAAGGGCCUACUUCAGCUGCUGGAAGACAAGAUGCCUCAAAUUAGAAUCCUGGAUGACACCACACUCGCUAAUUAAUCAAAACAGUCUGUGAGCUCCCAUGAUGCCCCUUUCUUCCUGAUCUUCCUCUUGUAUGUACAACAAAAGUGUGUAUUUUAAAUAAAAUGUGCUGUUGUUGACAUA